AUGGCGGCACUUCCCAUCAAGUUUACGGAGCUGGUCAAUGUGAGCAUAUCCGCGUCCAUCAUGUUGACCGAGGUUGGCAUCGCGCCUGCCUCCAUUGGCUUCACGUCAUGUACCCUCGAAUCCGACCACUAUGUCUGUGUACGCCAGAAGCUCAACGAAGAUGAGAAGCCACAAGUCAUCAUCGUCAACCUCAAAAAUAACAAUGAGGUCAUGCGCCGACCCAUUAACGCCGAUAGCGCCAUCAUGCAUUGGACCAAGAACAUCAUCGCCCUCAAGGCCCAGGGCCGCACAAUCCAGAUAUUCGACCUCGGCGCAAAGGCGAAGCUCAAGUCUGCCGUGAUGAAUGAAGAUAUCGUUUACUGGAAGUGGUUCAGUGAGAGGUCUUUGGGUUUGGUAACUGAUAGCGCAGUGUACCACUGGGACGUCUACGACACUGCACAGGAGUCCCCCGUGAAGAUGUUCGAUCGACUUCCCAACCUCUCGGGGUGCCAAAUCAUCAAUUACCGCGUCAACUCCGAAGAGAAGUGGAUGGUCGUGGUUGGUAUCAGCCAACAACAGGGCCGCGUCGUGGGCUCAAUGCAGCUAUACUCGAAGGAACGUGGCAUUUCGCAAUUCAUUGAGGGUCACGCUGCAGCAUUCGCUUCUAUUCAUGUCGAAGGCUCUCCAUUACCACACCACCUCUUCUCAUUCGCCGUGCGAACCGCUACUGGUGCCAAGUUACAAAUUGCAGAGAUCGACCACCAAGAACCCAAUCCACGAUUCCAAAAGAAGGCCGUGGAGGUCUUCUUCCCCCAGGAGGCCGUCAAUGACUUCCCCGUGGCGAUGCAGGUGUCCACCAAAUAUGACAUUGUGUAUCUUGUCACUAAAUAUGGAUUCAUCCACCUUUACGACCUGGAGACUGGCACCUGUCUGUUCAUGAACCGUAUCUCCAGCGAGACUAUUUUCACUACUGCUGCCGACGCGGACGGUGCUGGCCUUGUGGGACUUAACCGUAAGGGACAGGUCCUCGCUGUCAGCGUCGAUGAGAACAACAUCAUCAACUACUUGAUGAGCAACCCUGCUAUGUCCGGUCUUGCCCAAUUUGACAACUUUAUUGCUCAGGGUGACUAUGGUGAGGCUGCUAAGGUCGCUGCCAACUCUCCUCGUGGCUUCCUUCGUACUCCCGAGACCAUCAACCGCUUUAAGUCUGCCCCUCAGACUGGACAGAUGUCUGUCAUCCUGCAAUAUUUCGGUAUGCUUCUGGAUAAGGGAACUUUGAACAGAUACGAAAGUGUGGAGCUUGUCCGGCCUGUGCUGCAACAGAAUCGAAAGCACCUGCUGGAGAAGUGGCUGCGUGAGAAUAAGCUGGAGGCCUCAGAGGAACUCGGAGACAUCAUCCGACCAUACGACAUGGGUCUCGCUCUCGACGUGUACCUGAAGGCGAAUGUUCCUCAUAAGGCUGUCGCCGGUUUUGCUGAGACCGGACAGUUUGACAAGAUCCUUACCUACUCUAAGGAGGUUGGAUACCAGCCUGACUACACUCAACUUCUCCAGCACAUUGUUCGUGUCAAUCCCGAGAAGGGUGCUGAGUUUGCUACUCAGUUGGCCAAUGAGGAGUCCGGUUCUUUGGUUGACCUCGAGCGCGUUGUGGAUGUCUUCAUGUCCCAGAACAUGGUUCAGCAAGCUACUUCCUUCCUCCUUGAUGCCCUCAAGGACAACAAGCCUGAACAAGGAAACCUGCAGACUCGUCUGCUUGAAAUGAACCUGAUCAACGCUCCUCAGGUAGCUGAUGCCAUUCUUGGAAACGAGAUCUUCACUCACUACGAUCAUGCUCGCAUCGCCAGUCUCUGUGAGGGUGCUGGGCUUAUUCAACGUGCGCUCGAGAACUCGGACGAUCCCUCUGUCAUCAAGCGUAACAUCGUACGCACCGACAAGCUGAGCCCCGAGUGGUUGAUGAACUACUUCGGCCGCUUGUCUGUUGAACAGACUCUGGAUUGCCUUGACACCAUGCUCGAGGCCAACAUCCGCCAGAACUUGCAGGCCGUUGUCCAGAUUGCUAUCAAGUUCUCCGAUCUUCUGGGCCCUAACCGCCUCAUCGACUUGUUGGAGAAGUACCGCACUGCUGAGGGUUUGUACUACUACCUUGGCAGUAUCGUCAACCUGAGCGAGGAUCCCGAGGUGCACUACAAGUACAUCGAGGCUGCCACUCUUAACGGCCAGCUUACCGAGGUCGAGCGUAUUUGUCGCGAGAGCAACUACUACAACCCAGAGAAGGUCAAGAACUUCCUCAAGGAGGCUAACCUCAGCGAGCAGCUUCCUCUGAUCAUCGUUUGCGACCGCUUCAACUUCAUCCAUGAUCUGGUUCUUUACCUUUACCAGAACCAGCAAUUCCGGUCCAUCGAGACUUACGUGCAGAAUGUCAACCCAUCCCGUGCCCCUGCUGUUGUCGGGGGUCUCUUGGAUGUUGACUGUGAUGAGAACAUCAUCAAAAAUCUUCUCGCUACUGUCAACCCAUCCGUCAUCCCUAUCGAUGAGCUCGUGUCCGAGGUUGAGAACCGUAACCGUCUCAAGCUGCUGCUACCUUUCCUUGAGGCUACUCUGGCUUCUGGCAACCAGCAGCAAGCUGUCUACAACGCUCUUGCCAAGAUCUACAUUGACAGCAACAACAAUCCCGAGAAGUUCCUUAAGGAGAACGAUCUCUACGAUACUCUCAUUGUCGGAAAGUACUGUGAGAAGCGUGACCCCAAUCUCGCGUACAUCGCCUACCGCAAGGGUCAAAAUGACCUGGAACUCAUCAACAUCACCAACGAGAACUCCAUGUACCGUGCCCAAGCUCGCUACCUUGUCGAGCGUGCUGAUCCAGAGGUCUGGCACUUCGUGCUGAAGGAGUCCAACAUCCACCGUCGUUCCCUGGUGGACCAGGUUGUUGCCACCGCCGUUCCCGAGUCCACUGAGCCUGACAAGGUCUCUGUUGCCGUCAAGUGCUUCCUUGAGGCCGAUCUUCCUGGUGAACUGAUCGAGCUGCUCGAAAAGAUUAUCCUGGAGCCCUCACCUUUCAGUGACAACACUAGCUUGCAGAACUUGUUGAUGCUGACGGCUGCCAAGGCUGAUAAGGGUCGUCUGAUGGACUACAUUCACCAGCUUAACGAGUUCUCUGCUGAUGAGAUUGCUGAGAUGUGUAUCAGCGUUGGUCUGUACGAGGAGGCCUUCGAGAUCUACAAGAAGGUCAACAACUACUUGGCUGCCGUCAGCGUCCUUAUUGAGAACAUUGUCAGCAUCGACCGGGCACAGGAGUUUGCCGAGCGUGUGGAGCUCCCUGAUGUCUGGAGCAAGGUUGCCAAGGCCCAGCUCGAUGGUCUUCGCGUCACCGACUCUAUCGAGUCUUACAUUCGUGCCGCUGACCCAUCCAACUACGCCGAGGUCAUCGAGACCGCCACCCAUGCUGGUAAGGAUGAGGACCUCGUCAAGUUCCUUCGUAUGGCCCGUAAGACCCUGCGUGAGCCCGCUAUCGACACCGCUCUCGCAUUCUCCCUUGCUCGCCUUGACCAGCUUCCUGAGCUCGAGGACUUCCUUCGCUCUACCAACGUUGCAGACAUCGAAGCAUCGGGUGACAAGGCUUACGAGGAGGGUUACCACCAGGCUGCCAAGAUCUUCUACUCCAGUAUCUCCAACUGGGCCAAGCUUGCUACCACCUUGGUCCAUCUUGAAGAGUACCAAGCCGCUGUCGACUGCGCCCGCAAGGCUAACAGCGUCAAGGUCUGGAAGCAGGUCAACGAGGCCUGUGUUGAGAAGAAGGAGUUCCGCCUUGCCCAGAUCUGCGGUCUUAACCUCAUCGUCCACGCCGAGGAACUUCAAACUCUUGUCCGCCAAUACGAGCGCAACGGCUACUUCGAUGAGCUCAUUGCUGUCUUGGAGGCUGGUCUCGGUCUGGAGCGUGCUCACAUGGGUAUGUUCACCGAGCUGGGCAUUGCCUUGUCGAAGUACCACCCGGACCGUGUCAUGGAGCACCUCAAGCUUUUCUGGUCCCGUAUCAACAUCCCCAAGAUGAUCCGUGCUUGCGAGGAGGCCAACCUGUGGCCCGAACUUGUUUUCCUGUACUGCCACUACGAUGAGUGGGACAACGCUGCCCUCGCGAUGAUGGAGCGCGCCGCUGAUGCCUGGGAACACCACUCCUUCAAGGAUAUCAUCGUCAAGGUUGCCAAUCUGGAGAUCUACUACCGCUCGCUCAAUUUCUACCUGCAGGAGCAGCCCCUUCUGAUCACCGAUCUCCUCCAAGUGUUGACUCCUCGCAUCGAUGUCAACCGUGUUGUGCGCAUCUUCCAGAGCUCCGAUAACAUCCCUCUGAUCAAGCCCUUCCUGCUCAAUGUGCAGACCCAGAACAAGCGAGCUGUGAACGAUGCUAUCAAUGAGCUUCUGAUCGAGGAGGAGGACUACAAGACUCUCCGUGACUCCGUGGACAACUACGACAAUUUCGAUGCCGUUGAUCUUGCUCAACGCCUGGAGAAGCACGACCUCAUCUUCUUCCGCCAGAUCGCCGCCAGCAUCUACCGCAACAACAAGCGCUGGGAGAAGUCUAUUGCUUUGUCUAAGCAAGACAAGCUCUACAAGGAUGCUAUCGAGACCGCCGCUAUGUCUGCCAAGCCUGAGAUUGUUGAAGAGUUGCUCCGCUACUUUGUGGAUAUUGGCAGCCGUGAGUGUUACGUCGGUAUGCUUUACGCUUGCUACGACCUCAUCCGCCCCGAUGUGAUCAUGGAGAUUUCAUGGCGCAAGGGCCUGCAUGACUUCACCAUGCCUUUCAUGAUCAACUUCCUCUGCGAGCAGACCCGGGCCAUCGAGACCCUGAAGAAGGACAACGAGGAGCGCAAGUUAAGGGAGAAGAGCCAGAAGACCGAGGAAGACAACACUCCUAUUCUGGGUGGCUCGCGUCUCAUGCUUACCCAAGGCCCGGGGCCAUCAGCCAGCCCUGCGCCGUACGGGCAAGUCAACGGCCUCACUCCCCAGGCCACCGGCUACCGGGCUUUCUGA